AUGGCGAGCGCGGAUCUGCUGCGGAGGGAGGAGGAGUUCUACGAGUCGCUGUUCGAUUCCGCCAAAGGCGAUGCCGCUGCCGCCAAGACGCGUGGGCAGAUGAUCGAGAGGAAGAUUGAAGCCCUGGAGGACAUGGCAACCAAGGUUAGUAACCGGAGGUCUCGCAGAUGGUUGAAUGAUCGCUUGCUGAUUGAGCUCGUCCCUCGUCUUCAUGUUGAAGAAAUCAAAGGCCUCUUUGCCCCUCCGCCAUUUGGUGAGGAAGCACCACUGUCAGCAUUUUGCAGGACAAGUGUUGGUGAGUGGGAUGCAUUCAGGAGCAUUGACAUGGACGUUGAGGCAAGAUUUAUGCAACGAAUGAAACAAUCAUCAAAGCAGAAGAAUCUUGUGAAUGAAGAUGAGUCAAUUGUGCUGAAUGAGGAACGGAUCAGGGCCUUCAUUGAAGACACUACUGAUAAAGAUGUGCUUGUGUUGAAUGUCCAGGACCCAUUUCAGAGGUUGCUAUUACAUGGUGUUUGCGAGUUUUACAAUGUAACGUCUACGACCACAGGUACUGUGCAAGAUGGAAAGCCAUGGAAGACAACAACAAUCAAGAAGCGUUCGGGGACGGGUGUUGCCCCCAUGAUCACAUUGGUUAGUUUCCUGAGAACAAAGAAGAAUGGGUCACACGUUGUCUCGUGA